AUGGCCAGCCUACCUUUCAAAGUCAAGGCCGUAUACGAAUACACCUCUCCUCAUGAAGACGACCUUCAUUUCCCGAAUGGACAGAUAAUCACGGUCACAGCGGUGGAAGACGAUGAUUGGUAUGCUGGAGAAUACAAGGACGCUUCUGGCACCUUGCAGGAGGGCAUCUUUCCCAAGAACUUCGUGGAGAAAUAUGAGCCUACAGCACCCCCGAGGCCAAAUCGUGCGCCGCGUCCAAAGAAAGAGCCAGAACAUGUACCAGAGCCAGAGCCUGAAGUGACGCGCGCCCCGUCUCCACCUCCACAGCCAGUUCACGAACCUGAGCCUGAGCCCGAGCCAGAACACGAGGAAGUUCAUGAACCACCGGUGGCACGAGAGCCUCCUCCGUCGAUUCCUAAGCCGCAGGCUGUGAGUUCUCCUGCGCCAAAGCAAGCAGAAUUCUCUCCACCUCCUGCUGCCGUCAAGCCGAUCCCAGCUUCGAAGCCCUCUGCGCCGCCUCCAGUUUCCGAGAAACCAAGUGGUGGUUCUUUCAGAGAUCGCAUUGCUGCAUUCAACAAAGCUGCUCCGCCUCCAGCACCAUUCAAGCCCGGUGGAUUGGGCUCAGGAGGAUCGAACAACUUCAUCAAAAAGCCCUUUGUGGCCCCGCCACCGAGCAAAAAUGCAUAUGUACCUGUCAUUCGAGAUCCUCCGCCACAGAAGAUAUACAGACGUGAAGAAGAUCCUGAAGUGGCAGCACAUCAAGCGGAGGCUCAGGAACAAGCAGAAAGGGCGGGUUUGGCCCCCACAUCGACCGAGGGAGAUGGAGAAGAGCAACCAAAGCCAACGAGCCUGAAGGAACGUAUUGCACUUCUGCAGAAGCAGCAGAUGGAACAGGCAUCUCGACAUGCUGAUGCGGCACAGAAGAAGGAGAAGCCUAAACGUCCUGCUAAGAAGCGGACUGAAUCACACGAGCCAGUUGAAGGCGAUGAAGGCAGUGCUUUGGAGAGACAUGAUACGGAAGAGACAGCUGGUAAGGCAUCUAUGGAUUCUGUGAGGGAGGAGCCAAAGAAACGCAAAGCUUCGAUCCAACCUCGACAGUCAUUUGGCGAUGGCAAUGAGGCAGAUAUGUCUGGGGCUGGCGAGACUACGGAGGAACCAGAGGAAAUGUCUACUGGAAAAGAUGACAGCGAUGAAAGGCCGAAACAGAAAGAGCCCGCGCCACUUGCUAGAGCUCCGACUGCGCCAAUCCGAGAGGCUGAUGUUGGAGAAGAAGAGGGAGCUUCGGAGGAAGGUGAGGCCGAAGAGGAGGAGGAAGAAGAAGAGGAAGAUGAUAUUGACCCUGAGGUACGAAGAAAGGAGGAAUUGAGAGCUCGUAUGGCCAAAAUGAGUGGUGGGAUGGGUAUGCACGGCAUGUUUGGUGGUGGUAUGCCAAUGCCUGCUCCUUUACCACCGAAAAAGAAGAAAUCUACAGGGGCGAGUGAGAAGAAUGUAGGGGAAUAUGGAGCAGAUGAUGGAUCAUCCCCCACUUCUCGUGCUGCCCCUCCAGUUCCUUUGCCAGGUUUGUCACGGGUCCGAAGCCCAGAGGAGACACAUAAACCCCAUGCACAUGACGAGGAAACUACUCCAAUCUCUGCCUCUCGCCCUGCUGAUGAGGUACCUGACGUUGAAGAUGUUGUUCCUUCAAGUGAUAGAUCUGCCCCACCUCCAGUUCCACAACGUGAGACAGGUGCUCCACCGAUACCAGGCGGAAGACCAGCUCCUCCGCCUGUUCCUAAAGAAUCUCGCCCUGAGACUACGACGAUGUCUCCAAGUGCUGGAUCUGAAUCAGAUGAUGAGAUGUCCGCAAGGGAACUGUCGACAUCCGUGCCUCAGCCUCUUGAUACUCCUAGAGCACCGCCAAGACCAGUCGAAGGACCAGGCUCUCCAAAGUCGCCUAACGCUAGGCGAGCAUCGUACUUUGGGUCUGAAGCUUCGCCAUCCUCGCCUACAACGCCUGGAGUAAACAAGCGUAACAGCCGACUUCCUCCUCCAAUUCCUGGUGUGGCGCCUGCGUCACAGCCACAAAAUAGAGCUCCUCCUCCUCCACCUCCUGGAAUCAACCGAACUCCUACUGGUGACCAACAUACUCUCUCCACUAAAGAUGUACCACAAGAGGAGAGUGAGGAAGAAGUUACGGAAUAUGAGGGUGAUUAUGAUACAGAUAUUGCCUCUACCGUACCGCACAAAGAUGCUUUGAAGGCGGCAGAACCGGAUGAGAAUCUUGCUAUUCGAUCCCCACCUGUCACUUCACCAACAUCUGCGCCACCUCCCCUUCCACCUACAGCGGCUCCUCGUGCAGUUCCCCCGCCAUUGCCAGCACAACCUCCGCCACCACCUCGGCAAUCUACGGACAUUCCUCGAGCUGCCCCUCCUCCCCCACCACCGACAAAAGCGCCAGCACCAUGGGAGCAAGAUGACGAUGAGUAUGAUCCGUAUAAAUAUACAGCUCCGAAGUCUGCAGCUCCAUCUGGUCCUCCUCCGCCAGGUCCCCCACCACCGGGGCCUCCUCCACGUGCUGAUACAGAAGAUGAUCUCUAUUCCGCAUCUCCACCCAGGUCCUUCGCUUCGCCUCCCCAAGACAGAGCAGUUCCCCCUCCUCCACCCUCUGCAAGUCGGCCUCCUCCUCGACAAUCCUUAGAUGUUUCACGGUCCCAAACUGGAACUAGAAGAUCUGUGGAGCUUGGAAGAAUGUCAAUGGACUCUGGUUUUGUCGCAAAUGAUGUGGAUCUUGCACCAAACUCCUUCUGGUGGACUCAACCACGAGGUAUUCCUCCGGUCUUCCAAGGCAGACGGGAUAUUCUGUUUGACUUUGAAGAAUCAAGCACUGGUGGACGUGGGGGAAGGACAAUUGUCACCAAGCAUCUUUCCGUUCUGUUCCAGGAUUAUUCUCAAACAAUCAUCACAGCGGAAUUUGACGCCCAGGACCCUAAAGAUGUCAGACUCGAGCAAAGACAUGACCAACCUCCUUCUCGACAGCGCCAGGAUCAACUAGAGCAGGCCCAUGAGCAAUACGGCCGUCGCAUAUACGAGGCUGUCCAUUCGAAAAAGGAAACUGUAGUUGGAGACGGAACACCGCAAGGCCUCAUUCAGGAGCUGCUCAAGCCAUUCUCUGACGCCCUCCUGCCCAUCGGAAGUCGGGCUUACGGUGCCGUUGUCUACAGCAACCUUGCCAACGCCUCGACGCAACAGAACGACGAGAUCCGACCUGGCGAUAUCAUCACGCUCCGCAACACCAAAUUCCAAGGCAAGCACGGACCCAUGCACGCCAAAUACAGCAUGGAAGUCGGCAAGCCGGAUCACGUGGGUGUCGUAGCUGAAUGGGAUGGUACGAAGAAAAAGGUUAGGGCUUGGGAGCAGGGACGGGAGAGUAAGAAGGUUAAGCUGGAGAGCUUCAAGUUGGAUGAUUUAAGGAGUGGUGAGGUUAAGAUUUGGAGGGUUAUGCCGAGGAGUUGGGUUGGCUGGCAGGGACCUAAUUGA